AUGAGGACGAUCUGUUUUCUCGUCUUGAGUGUCUUGGCUGUGGCCACGACCUCAGCGCUCGAGGAUGUCGAGACUGUUCCGUUUGCCGCUCCCUCCAAUUCGGUGGCCUCCUCUCUGACUCUGUUCGUUCGCCGCUUCAUUCCGACCACUGUACAGAACAUGAUUGCUGGAUUUCAGCCUUUGGCCAACUUUCAGAUCGACUUGGCGUACAAUGGCGUCAGUGAUACGUCCUUGUUCACAAGUGCUCAGUCGACCUGGCAAGGUAUCAUUACCGGGGAUGUCUCUGACGUUGGCAACAUUUGCGCGUCGGAUACUUGUGGUUGCCUCCCAUGUUCGAUUGACGAUCUUCGCAUCUGCGGGGUCUACCUUAGCAUCGAUGGAACCGGUGGUACGCUAGGAGCCGCCGGACCAACACGAUGGCGUUCGGACACGUUGAUUCCGUACACGGGAGAAAUGUUCUUCGACACGGCCGACGUUAGUGUUGGAAACGUCGGUUCGGGUGUCAUUUUACAUGAAAUGGCGCAUGUCUUCGGGCUUGGAACUCUUUGGACUCAGAAAGGACUUGCGUCCUCUAGUUCGCCUCCGUGCACGUACUCAGGUGCAAAGGCGAACCAGGAAUACCAAACUCUCUCCGGUUGCACGGGCGCAAUCCCUUUAGAAUCAUCGACAGGCUCAUCUGGUUCAGAUUGUGGUCAUUGGGCAGAAGCAUGCUUCGGAAGCGAGCUCAUGACACCUUUCACAAACGGGUUAACUGUCUUGCCACUCUCACGUGUAACCAUUGCCGGACUGGAGGAUUUGGGGUACUCUGUCGACUACAGCAAAGCGGAGACGUACGUAUGUUCCACAAGCAUGGGUUCAAGCUGUGUCUGCACCUGUAACUCGAAGCGUUCGCUUCUUGAUGUAAUCGACGGGGCAGUUCGAGAAAUUGAGAUUGGACCCGACGGGGAUGCGCAGAAUGUCGACGACAACAGGGAUCCGGAAACAGGAGAUUUCAAGGUCCGUCGCUUGAGCGCGGAAGGACGGUCGGCAGCAAUGUCGUUUGGAAAGAGCAUUCUUGCAAGUCGUAGCGAAGAAAGAUCCUAUGCUACUUUCUCCUUGCUCAACGAUGAAGGGAGUGCGCUAUCAGAUGGAGCCCCAGGAGAAUAUAUUGGUGACAAGGUUAUCAGCGUAUUCUACAUGGAAGGAGACCAUGUGUACGAUGUUCUGGUCUUUGGAGAUGACUUGUGA